AUGGUUCCAUCACACGUCGGCCGGAAUUUCUUCCCACCCGCGCCCCCUAUUCUGAUCCCAAAUCUCCAGUCCCCAGCAAGCACAUUUACCAACGAAGAUUCAUCCUUGUAUCUCCCCUCGCUGAAAAAUUUCCCCGCUCCGAAUUCCAAACUGCCCCUCGUCAUUUACUAUCACAAGGGAGGAUUCAUCCUAAGCAGCGGUGAAACAAUCAUGUUCCACGCCUUCUAUUACCUUCUCAAAUCACCGAUAAAAUCCCGUUGUUGGUUGUCUCUAUCGAUAACCACCACCGACGAGUGGCUGACCAAUAACGCUGAUUUCUGCAAUUAUUUUAUGAUGGGAUCCAACACCGACAGAAAUAUCAUGUACCAAAGUUUGUAA